GCCGGAAGCUGGGGCGGGGCGCCCGCGCGGGAUGCGGUGAAGGGCAUAGCGGCGCGGCGGCGGCGAUGAGUGCCUCGGCGGCCACAGGGGUCUUCGUGCUGUCCCUCUCGGCCAUCCCGGUCACCUACGUCUUCAACCACCUGGCGGCCCAGCACGAUUCCUGGACAAUUGUAGGGGUGGCUGCCCUCAUCCUGUUCCUGGUAGCCCUGUUGGCUCGUGUCCUGGUCAAAAGGAAACCACCCCGGGACCCACUGUUCUAUGUGUACGCAGUUUUUGGAUUUACCAGCGUGGUGAACCUCAUCAUAGGACUGGAACAGGACGGGAUCAUUGAUGGCUUCAUGACAUACUACUUGAGAGAGGGUGAACCGUAUCUGAACACGGCCUAUGGGCACAUGAUCUGCUACUGGGAUGGCUCUGCUCAUUAUCUGAUGUAUCUGGUGAUGGUGGCAGCCAUAGCCUGGGAGGAAAGUUAUAGAACCAUUGGCCUAUAUUGGGUCGGAUCUAUUAUUAUGAGCAUUGUUGUUUUUGUGCCAGGAAACAUUGUAGGGAAGUAUGGAACACGCAUUUGCCCUGCUUUUUUCUUAAGCAUACCAUAUACUUGUCUUCCUGUCUGGGCUGGUUUCAGAAUCUAUAAUCAGCCAUCAGAAAAUUAUAAUUAUCCCUCAAAGGUCAUUCAAGAAAUCCAAGCGAAAGACCUGCUGAGAAGACCAUUUGAUUUAAUGUUGGUUGUGUGUCUCCUUCUGGCAACUGGAUUUUGCCUGUUUAGAGGCUUGAUUGCUUUGGAUUGCCCAGCUGAGCUCUGCCGAUUAUAUACGCAAUUUCAAGAGCCCUACCUAAAGGAUCCUGCUGCUUAUGCUAAAAUCCAGAUGCUGGCAUAUCUGUUCUAUUCUGUCCCUUACUUUGUGAUGGCGCUUUAUGGCUUAGUGGUUCCUGGAUGCUCCUGGAUGCCUGACAUAACACUGAUACAUGCUGGAGGUCUAGCUCAGGCUCAGUUUUCUCACAUCGGUGCUUCUCUUCAUGCUAGAACUGCUUAUAUCUACAGAGUCCCUGAAGAAGCGAAAAUCCUUUUUUUAGCAUUAAACAUAGCAUAUGGAGUUCUUCCUCAGCUCUUGGCCUAUCGCUGUAUCUACAAACCAGAGUUCUUCAUAAAAACAAAGGCAGAUGAAAAAGUUGAAUAA